AUGUCAUCUCUUGCUGCUGCUCCCGCUAUUGUUCUUAAUGCUGGUUUUAACUCCACCACUAAGGCAAGCAAUGUCAAAAGACAACAAUUCCUUCAAAUCCCAUUCAACAUUUUAGAGUUUCCAUUGGGUUUCUUGUCGUUGUUUAGUUAUCUCACUCUUUUGUUCUCAUUCCCUCCUUCAUCCAAAACCACCCUUUUCUUAUCUUCUAACCUUCCAUCUAAUAACACUUCUAAUAUUGGGAUCAACAGCUUUGUCUCCAAUGUGGAUACUGCCAAUAUGGGCAAAGUGAUGAGUGAAUUUGUAACAACACAAGCCAGCUCAGCGGUUUCAUUCUCCUUCGCAUACUCGCCAAAGGUGUUGAUGUUUAUAUUUUUCGCCAUGUUUUUUGGGUUCUUCUGGAGUGUGCACCAAUCCGCCAUUAGUCAACACCGUUAUUUGAUUCCAAAACUAUAA